AUGUGCGACGAGGAAUUCAGAACUUUACGGAUAGAUCCUCGAUAUCCAUUUCAAAAUCAAACUAGGGCAUGCUACGAUAACUACUGCGAUUAUUACAAAUGCACUCGAUUAUUAGGCGAUGUUGACGACUGCAAGAUAUUCAAGCGCUACUUCCAGACCAUUUGUCCCAACUUCUGGAUCGAGCACUGGGAUGAAUUGAGGCAAAAAGGAGCAUUCCCUGGACCUAUA